AUGCAAGUCUCCACCAAUGUUGAAGCUUCUGAAAAUGAAAGAGCGAGUUAUAUUCCUAAUCUUCUCAAUGUAUCUGAAUCCAACAAUACGGCAGCUGUACCAUUGAUUCCAAGUGCUGUUUUAGAUGUUAACGGCAUCAAUAUUUCUUCUGAUGACGUCGCUGAGCAUUUAUUAGAGCGAAUGAAAGCGCAAACAACAGAUAAAACACGUAAAACUGAUCUUGGGGAACAUGUCCCAGGAGAUCCCGUGUACAUGAUUCCUCGUGGUAACAAACCGGUCAAUGAAUAUUCUAAUCCAAAUCUAUUAUUGGGCAUAUUUCCAACGCUUUUUCCAUAUGGAUGUGGUGCAGUUGAAGAUUUCUCUCGACCAGUCAAAAUCGAUUUUCGUGAGCAUGUUCGAUAUCUUCUUUCGCUAGGAGAUUGCCGUUUUGAAGAACACUACUCAUUCAUAUUUGUCGUGCUCAAUAUCUUACAACGUCGCGCUGCAUGCUUUCACGCCCAUUUAAUGACAUCAAGACCAUACUUUCAACAAUCUGCCGAAAUCCUAGAAUCAUUGAGUUCUGCAGAUAUAGCAAAAGCUCUUCUUAAUAUCUCAAAAGGAACAUAUUCAAAAGUUACCGACCAAAGAAUAAAUACGCUUAUGAAGCACAUCAGAGUUGUUAGCGGUCAUGUUAUGGGUUCCGCUCACUCACGAUCGACCCUUCGUACAAAAAUUCACUCAUUGUGUUUUAAUAUUGGUCUCCCAAGUCUUUUUGUAACAAUCAAUCCAGCUGACAUACAUAGCCCAGUGACACUUUAUUUUGCAGGUGUCGAUCUAAACCUUGACGAAGUUCUGCCAGAAGCAUUGAGCGCAAGCUAUGAACGUGCCAAAAUCAUCGCAACUCAUCCAGCUGCUACUGAAAAAUUUUUUAAUUGUUUGAUGAAAAGUAUCUUGAAGUCUUUAGUGCUUGGUGGUGUACUUGGUCCUGUAAAGGCAUACGUUGGCACUGUAGAGAAUCAAGGGAGAGGAUCGCUUCACUUACAUCUUCUUAUUUGGCUCAAUCAUGAGUUCACUCUAACGCCGUUAAAAGAAAUGAUUCAGAAUGAAGACUUUCGUGAAAAAUUACUUCAGUAUUUAGAAGAUAUUGUAAAAGAAGAUUUAGAUCUAUUUCGAGAAGAAAUUGAACCAGUAGAAAACGAAGUUGCUCCAGCUUGUUUACCAACGCCAAAUCCUGUUCGUGAUGACUUCCAACGAAUGUUUCGCAAGGAUAUUGUGCGAAUCGUCGAAACGUCUAAUAUUCAUAAACAUUCUGCAACGUGCUAUAAAUACUCGAAAGCAAAACCGGAUGACUCGAAAACUUGUCGAAUGCACAUGCCACGUGUCCUCAUAAAAAGUUCCAACAUUGAUGUCUCUACUGGCCAGACAACUAUGCGUUGA